CAUAUUCAUAUAACCUCAUUUAUUUUCCUCUAAUAAUAACCAUAUUAUCAACAACUAACCAUCUUUAUGCCUCCAUUUUCAUUAUUUGCCUUCCUUAAUUAUAAAUUAUAAUAUUCAUUCUUUUUACUAUUCAAACUUUGGGGGGUCUUGACUUUGAAUUCCGUUUUUUCUGCAUUUAUUUCGGAUCCUUCUGACUCUAUCACUCACCUUCAUGUUUCCUCUUUAUUUAUUUAUAUAUAUAUUCAUUCAUCGUUCACUCUUUUCACUCUAUACCAGAUUUCUUUUCAUUUCGUUUUUCUUUUUCUGGUGAUUUCAGCUUGAUACCAUUAUUCAUCGCUAAGAGUUGUUUGUUCAUUAGUAAAUGGUGUAGAUCUGUAUUUUUGGAUGCAAUUGAAUUGGUGUCUCUCUCUUAGUAUAUAAGAAGAAGCUGAAAGUUGUUGCUACUUCACAAUGGGUGCUGCUUGCUGUGUUGCUGCCAGAGAUAAUAAAACUGUACAAAGUGGAUCAAUCAACGAGAUUUCUCAUCGAACUUAUCGAAUGUCUCCAACUUGGAGCCUCCGUUGGGAUAAUCGGGGGCGUGUAGCUGGUGAAGAUACUUCUAUAAAUUGGUUUUCUGAUGGUAUUACCAGGAAUGAUGAAUUAGAGAAUAAAAAUGAAUCAGGACAUGUAUUAGAGGUUGGAAGUCCGUCCCAGAAACAAAAUAGAUGCCAAAAAUCCCCCAUUUCUGAAGGAACUGGUGCAAAUGUUAGAGAUUUAAAUUCAGAUCAAUCCAUUUCAAGGUCUGUUUCUGUGGAUGUGAGCAUGGAACAGGCUAAUGGGUUGGCAGAAUCAUCGGUAGUAUCUUGGCCAUCACCUACAAAACCAUCCUUGCCUUCAACUUCAUUGUCAGCAUCUCCUUUAUCAUCCCAAUAUCACAUGCUUCCACCUAGCUUGACCCCAUCAAGGUGGCCUGGCCAUUCCCCUGGACACAAGAUGUUAUGGCAAAUUUCUGAUAUCCGAGCGCCAGCAUGUAAGUCGCCUGGCAGCUACUCUCUAUCUGAGGAAAGACCAAUGUUUCCUUCAUGGAGCAAUGGAUCAAGAAUGUGCUCCCGUGGGGGAUCUUCAGAUGGUUGGUCUAUACCUGGCUUUUCUGAACUUAUUGGAACUCCACACAGAGAAAGAUGGUCAUUUGAUAGUGAGUCAUUUGGUUCUAAUCGUGAAAAGUUAGCUAGAUCCAGUAGUUGGUUUUCAGUGUCACCAGUUGAUUUGCAAAAAUGUGGCUUUUGCUCAAAGGUUUUAAUUGAGAAAUCUCCUUGGGGCGCCCAAAAGAUUAUUGCAAAUAAUGACCUUUCUGUAGUUGCUGUUCUUAUCUGUGGACACAUCUAUCAUGCUGAAUGUUUGGAGAAUAUGACAUCUGAUAUCAAUAAGUACGACCCAGCUUGCCCAGUUUGCAGCUUUGGUGAGAAACAAACUAUGAUGUUGUCCAAAAAAGUUCUGAAAGCUGAAAUGGAUUUGAAGGCUAGAAACAAGGCAUCAAAGAAUUGGGCUGAGGACAGUACAGAUAUUGAUGACGAUUCUGUUGUGCUCGAUAACCUUAAAGGGAGAGGGCAGAAAGGUAAAGGUCCUCGAAUGGACUCCAGUUCUCGUGGGAGGAUCUCCUUUGGAAAACCUUUUCUGAAACGACACUUUUCAUUUGGAUCGAAAGGUUCCAGAUCCAUGUUAGAUAGUCACCCUACAAAAAAGAAGGGCUUCUUUUGGGCAAAAUCUAGCAAAGCAUAAGCUGCUUCUUGGUUGUUCGGAGGUUAGUUGCAUUAUUUUCAUUUUGUUGCAUGCACCAAUUUAUCAGAAGCAUCCAUAAAGUUGGCUUAUGCCGUGCAGUGCAAUAAGAAAUAAGUUUUUGCCCCUUUUCCAUUUUAUAGAUCGAAAGUUAUUGUGCUUCCAGAUUCUUUCGGGUUUGGCUUCAUGCAGCAGAAAUUGAAACACUUUGUUAUACCCUAGCUAUAAAGACUUUACCUGUUUAACAUUCUGGAAACUGUUCCAUGGUUAGCUGAAACACAUUUCCACUACCUUUAUAGCAGGCUCUCCACCGUUGAUAAUCUCUGCACCCUCAAAAAGAUUAUGGAGCCGUACACUAAUCUGUGAUUUCAACAAAACAAAAGUAGAGGCUGAAGUUACUCUGUAAAGAACACAUACAAGUAUCUCUUUGUGUUGUACAGGUCGAUUUGUUUAAUGUAUGGAUAUAAUUCAUAUAUCCAAAUGAUGUUAUGCUGUCCACGAUUCUUCUUGUAUGUAAGGCAUGUCAAUAGGCCAAUGGAGUUUCUGGAGUUGAGCAAUAUUCUUAACAGAUUGAUAGGCAAUACUAAUUAUUUUGAUCGACUUUGGUUGGUUGCUUUUAAUAAAUGAAAAGUAUCUGAUAGGUUUUCAUCAAA